AUGCUCUCCACUCGCCGUCUGUCCCCAUCACCGCUGCAGCAAUUCGGUUUUGACAAUCGUGGAGACAGAUCAGCCCUCUACAAGACGGCCCAACCCCCCUAUCAUCUUAGGCUCUACUCCUGUGAACGGUUCAAUGGUCCCGAAGCCGACCUGCCCGACCACUUUUCCUUUACAUGUCUCCCCCACACUUACGGACAUAUCGAAUCAGCUUAUUUAAACCCAGGCGCAGAAAGAGUAUCCCUGCCUGCCUCGAACGGGUCCACUUUCGAUACCGAGCAUCCGGAGGGAAUUAGGUUCUUUGGCAUCCGUUUAUGGAUGGCAGCACGUACCUGUCAAUAUUUUGCGUUUAUAUUUAAGGGGUUGAGUGACCAGAAGCCUAGGAGGGCUAUACACAAACGAGGGGGCGAUAUAUGCAAUUCGAUAAUGCAACAGGAUAUAAUUUACGUAUGGAUUCGUCUGCACGAUAAAUACAUAGAUGUCUCGCAAAGCUUCAAACUCCAGUACGGUUUGACUCGACCACACUUACGUUCUUCUAAGACUCUUAUUCCGCCGUUCUCGUGUUCAAAAAUGCUUGGAAUAGACUUGGAUCAAAAGCGCUUAGGAACCGAAAAUCAUAGUACAGACACUAAGACAACUCGAUUCCACUUUGAAACGACGAACCUAUUGCGUUUUAAGCCAGCAACGGAAGAAGAGGAAAAUCUUCGCAGCGAAACACGUCUGCUGAAUCAAUCACCCUCGUCGAAUUAUGCGAUUAUAUUUUCUCCUGGUGGGGACUUCGUGGAGUUGCCUUCGUCGACGGCGUUUUGGGUAGUGAACUUAUGGAACAUUUAUAAAAUCAACUGCCUUACGCUGCAUCUAUGGAUUCUUUCACAAGAUCACGUGCCGAGAACCUCGCCGUCCCCAUUUCAGCCUAGUCAGCGAUUAUCGGAUGCGAACUUCAAACGUCAAAUUUGCCAUCGAUAUCUUUCCCAUCUUUGUUUCUCCAUCAAUAUCAUCGCAGAAGAGGUUGGCUUCGUGCUCUCCACCUACCGAAAGGCACCCUGUCUCAUUGGCGAGGAACGUCCUCGUCUUAGGUCCCAGCGGAGAGGACUUCUAUUCCUGCUGUUCGGUAGAAGGAUCGGCCCUUCAGGUAAUGUUGUUGCGAAUUCAAACUUAGGGGGACGCCACUCCAUUAGGGUCGACCAGGAAGGCACUCGGCCCGCCAAUCGCGCUCGCUGGCCCCUUCUCGCUAAUGUCGCCUCAAAGGCCGAGAUGUCGUCCUCCAUGAACAUUUGUUUGCUCGCAGACUUACACCGCAGCGAGAGCUAUGAUCACACCACUAGCGCCCCUUCAAUAAUGAGGGUCGCUUAUCUGGAUCGCUCUUUUGCAUCUGGCUAUCUAUCUCCGUUUUCAAUGGCAGAUAUAUCAGGAAUAGAAGAAGGUAAUUCGUUUGAAAUAUGGUUGUUUUUAAUUCAAGAUCGAACAGAAACUGAUAGGACUCCUCGAACUGAACCUCGACUUGCUAGGUACCAGCGUCUGCAAUCCUUGCGGGCUUUACCCCGACGCUUCCUCUCAACUCCUUGCGCCGAGAACAUUGAGUGCAUCUCGGCUUGCCUCUCACUGCGAAUGAAUCUCGCGGGAGACCCCUUGCGUCGUGUAUCAUGCCUCUUCUGCUGGCCAGAAGUCGGCAGUUCUUGUUUCACCGCAAGCCUGGUUCUCUGUAACGAGGUGGAUCCUCUGUCGCGAGGAAAGGCCCCUGAAGACGUACCAGCAGCGCAAUGUGCGUCGUCCGUAGGUAUGGCUAGCAACCUUGAUGUUUCGUCCGUCGGUUUGACUCUCCUCCAACUUCGGUUCCAGUCGCAUAAAACUUAUAGCAAUAAUUUAUCUGGUGAAAUGUCGAUCCAAACUCCGAAGGCAUUGCCUCCUUCCAACAGACAAGUUUCCCCCAGGAAGGCUCGUAUUGCGCUCUCCUCCGCUAUCAUUUACGAUGUGGUACAAGACCCCGGAGAAAUAAACGAUGCAAGGAACUUUUCAAUCUCAGCGUCCAGGAUUUCAAUUGUCGACCCAGUUUUUUGCUUUUCGCCUCCUCAGUUGAUGCAACACCAUGCAAGCUUUUCUCAAAUUGGGUUGAUUCCCGACACUUUUGUUUUCAUUGAGAAUGCUGUGUUACGCCCGACACCUGCGGUUACCGCACCGCGCUCCUCCGCCAGCCCGAAAAAAAAAACUCAAAGCAGUAAGGAUGUUAACACGGGGAAGCGGGAGAAACCUCUCACGGUAACAAAACUACCUAGUCGGCGCGGGCCGUGGACCCUGGCUUCCCUUAGGACUUCGAUCUAUUCACUCUUCUCCGAAGCGAAUCCUUCUCGGAUGAGCACAUCCAGGCAGGCUUCACAGGCGUUCCGCAAUCGUAGUCGUCCUGAAGCGGCUACUCCCAUCAAGCCGAGCGCGCAGGGGAUAUAUACAAUUAGAGCGACGAAGCUCCAAUUAAGAGGCGGUCACUUAACUAUCGGACGAAAGGGGGGGGCUUGGAUGAUUUCCGUAUCAUUGCGACCGCACCCUGCUCGCACUUCUCCUUGCCUUGAAGGCCCAUUGUACAUAUUGGAGGCCAUCGAAUUUCCCCGAGUUCACAAGUAUCGAGCGGGUAGCUCCGUAACGGAAAUCAAAGGAUUUCAUGGUUCGGCGAAUUCACCCUUGAAGAUAUCUGAUUUAUGCACAUAUCUCUAUCCAGUCACUUCGCCACUAGUGUUCCGAUCUUUUGCAUCUCGAAGGCCAACAAAGAGACUAGCUGAGCACUCCUCUACCUGGGAGAAUGCCUGCAUCUACCUCAACAACCACCAAUACAUUAAACGUCAAAUAAAUAAAUACGCAUGCAACAAGGACAUUCUACGAUGCAUUCAGACAUACACUAAGGGCUUGACGUGUCAUGGAGCUUUUCAGCAUUGUGACGCAUCGUAUAUGCUGGGGGUAUACCGCUGCAGCUCCAUUAUGAUGCGGUUCAAUACUCAGGCAACUUCUAGAUGGGCUGGCUGCGAGGCCCACUACACGAUAAGUCUUUAG